AUGUCAGCAGAGAGCCCCGGCCAAAAGUCAGGACUCAAGUCCUUCUUUUCCAAUGCCUUACGUCCCAAGAAAUCCCGCCAAACCCUCCGGAAGGGCAGUCGAUCGACGACGGACCUGCGGCUUGCCGCUCGUCCCAGCGUCGAAGAAUCUCCCCCAAUGCCAGACCUAGCGCCCUUGCAAAUUCAUAGAAUGAAAUACAAAGCGGCGCACGAGAAUCUCGAUACCCAAUUGGGCGAGCGCCGCGACUACACAGACAUGAUCCAUUCGCUGGGAUGCUUGGAUGCGGAUGAUAACUUCGGGCCCGCGGAGAUAGAGGACCCGAAUCGAGAACCUGGUGAAGGCGAUAUUGCGAAAUUGUCGUCGAGUUUAUGGGCCGCUAUCGCGUGGUAUCUGAACCCGGCCGAGGCCGCUAGUCUGGCUGUGUCCAGUAUCACAUUGUACCGACGGUUAGGACGACGGUACCUCGCAGCCCUAGAAGCGCCGGAGAACUUCGGAUACAAAAUGCAGUUUUUAAUCCGCAUGGACCGCUCUCUACCGCAUCAUCUGAUGUGUUUCCCGUGCGGACGAUACCACACGCGCACGCAGGAAGGAAGCGAGCGUCUACGACCAGCACACGUGCUUAACCCGCUGUUCAACUGUCCCGAGGCGACGAACUCACUGAACCCGCAAUCUCGAACCCGAAUAACUCACGGACGCAUGCUCCCGUUCUCUUUCGUGCAACUGGUCAUGCGCGCGCACAGAUUCGGGCGCGGAUACGGUAUACCGGUUGACGAGAUGGGCCGGCGAUGGAAUCGAGAUAACUGGACGCAUAGUUCUCGCUUCCAUAUCAAUGAAGGCCGGCUUUUGAUGCGCGUGACAAGCCAAACAUUUGCAGCGCCCGGCCUCCCACCUACGGCACAGCGAAUGCUCCUAUUCUCGCGCGAUGACUAUUGGCCCUAUUUCUCUGCAUGCGCACACUGGCGCGACGGGGAGUUGAUGCCCAUGUGCAAGUGCGCUCUAGGUCAUAUCCCUGAGCCGCGGAAUACGGGCGGGUUACAAGGCAUCGAACACAAAGUCAAAGACCGAUGGGCUGGUCGAGGGUUCGAUCCCAAUUCAUUGACAACGCUAUGUGGAUUCUGUCGACCUAUGCGUCGCUGCCCGGAGUGUCCGAGCGAGUAUCUGAUCGAGGUCAAAUUGUGUGAAGACAAGUCAGACCCGCGUGGCGGAGUGUUCAGGCAGGCGAUCGUGGUGACUCGGUGGACUGAUCUGGGUGAUGGAACUACCCCGGAUUGUUUGGAGUGGGGUGCUAUUAAUGGGAAGCAUAAUGAUUAUGACUCGUUCCAUCACUAUUCGAAGCGUGGGAUUGCGAGCAUAUUUGAGGCUGCGUUCACGGCUGAUACGCUUCCUGGGCAGCGGGUUAUUUCGAUGAAUCCUAAGAAGACGAAGUUGGGUGAACAGGGCGAUGAUUGGUAUUAG